AGCAGGCUAUGAGUGAAGUGUUCGUGUUGUGUAUAUUUUUUAUAAAACUAAAUGGCUUUUAGGACAAUUAUGGCUUCAAAAUUGCCGAUAGUGAUAAUUUUAGGUGCUACAGGAACGGGCAAAACAAAGUUGGGCGUGGAGUUAGCCCAAAGAUUUGGCUCGGAAGUGAUCAGCGCCGAUUCUAUGCAGAUCUACAAGGGGCUGGACAUAGUGACGGCGAAGGCGACUGCCCAAGAGCGGGAGCUGGUGCCCCACCACCUGCUGGACUUCCUGGAGCCCACGCAGAUGUUCACAGUCGUCGACUUCCGGAACCGGACCCUCAGACUUAUCGACAAUUUGAGAGCACGAGGCAAACCCCCAAUAGUAGUAGGCGGAACCAACUACUACAUAGAAUCUAUAGUAUACAAAAUACUAGUUGAAGAUUCCGACGAUAGUGAAGAUUUGCUAUGGAAUAAGAGUAAGAGGAAAAGAGAUUUUGUUGACAAUCCAGCAAGUGCUAAAGAAGCUAAAACACAAGAAAAACAAAGUGUACAUAAAGAUGGUGAAGCAGAAAUAGAACCUUUAGACAACAAGAACGAAGCAGAAACAGAAUCCAAAAAAGAAUACACAGAAGAAGAAUUAUUAAAGAAGAAAGCAGAUCUACAAAAAGAUGUAGAUGAGGAAAGUAAAUUCACAAACGAGGAUAUACAUGCGAAACUGAAGGAGAUAGAUCCAGAAAUGGCGUCACGGUUGCAUCACAACAACAGAAGAAAAGUACUAAGGUCAAUUGAAGUAUGGCUGAAGACGGGCAGGCGGCACAGCGAAGUGUUGGAUGAGCAGCGGCUGACGGAGGGCCAGCUCCGGUUCCCCGGGGCCACGGUCAUCUUAUGGCUGAAAUGUGAACAGAAAAUACACGACGAACGCCUAAACGCCAGAGUGGACGAGAUGCUCAGACAGGGUCUGAUAGACGAGCUGCUGAACUUCCACGACAGACACAACAGACAGAGGAUCACGGACGGAACGCCACCAGAUUACACAAAGGGUAUUUUCCAAACGCUCGGUUUCAAAGAAUUUCACGAAUAUUUAAUGUUGCCCGAAGAGAAAAGGAAUAGUGAGGAGGGUAGAAAGCUCUUAGAGGAGGGCAUAGACAACAUGAAAAUGGCGACCAGGCGGUACGCGCGACGGCAAAACAAAAUGGUGCGCUCCAGAUUUCUGGAACAUCCCAAAAGAGAGGUUCCACCCAUAUUUGAGCUGGACACGACAUAUAUUUCAGAGUGGGAAGAAAAAGUUAAAAAUAAAGCCAUAGAAAUAGUAGAAAAUUACCUUUUAGAUAGUCCUUGCCAAUACAAACCUCUAGUAUCUAAUAUUUCAGAAGAAAAGAAAAGUUGUAACAGCCAUUCCUCAAACUACUGUCAGGUUUGUGAAAGGUUAUUUGUAGGUGAUGAUAUAUAUGCAAUACAUUUAAAUUCAAAUAAACAUAAAAAGGUUUUAAAGAAAAAGAUGGCUUUGGCAGCAAAAGAAGUGAAACAGCCUGAAAUUGAAGAGAAAUUAGAAAAUACCAAAGACUUUGAAAGUAAAUAAAAACAACCAUUUCUA